UUUGAGAUCCUUACAACACAUUUUCAGCAGCGCAACUUUGACCAAGAGGAUCUACUGAAAAUUGAAAACCCAAAUUGCAUACUACUGAAUGAAGCAGUAAAUAGUUUUGAAGGGAGCACAGCAUAUUUUAUGGGACUUGGAAAAAAUGCAACUGAAGAUCGGCUGUUCAUUAGGGAGAAACUGCGAGAGUUGAUUACUUUGACAAAUGUAUCUGCUGACCAGGAGAAACUUCAAGAAAUGAAAAUUGCGGCAGUAAAGGAAAUAGUAGUCUUUGCUCCCUGCAAACUUCUCUGUGGUGAAAAAGAACUAAUUGAAAUGCCUGGGACAGAUGAGUCUGACCCUCUUGCUCUUCAUGACAUUGGUAACAUACUAAAUGAGGCGAAUGGUACCUUACUUUUCUCAGACUCUUCCUUCAAUAUUGGAGAAGCUGAUGUAAAGGCAAUUCUUCGAGACAGUAAAUUCCUUCACAACUUUGUAAAAUCUCCAGAAGAAUACAUGUUGAUGUUCAUCUCUUAUCAGGAGAAGAAUAAGAAUUUGCACUUUACAAAGGAAGACAAAAUUAUGGACAUGGAAUUUGUUAAAGAAGAGCAAAAAAAAAAGGAAGGAGAAAUUCAAGGUCUUGAAAGGCUUCUUAAGAAACAACUACCAGAGAAUGUGAAAAAAAGUGUAAACUCGUCUGUGAUUUUUCCAGUUUUUCAUUGUUCACUUCUUAUGCAAGAGGGAGAUGCCACUGAAAUUGUAAGAGCGUUUGAAAAUAAUCUUCAGCAUACUGGAGUAUAUAAAGUAAUGGAAACACUUGAUCAGUUUGGAUUUACAAAUCUGAAGCCAAAGAUAGAUGAAGCAAAAGAUACUUUAAUUCUUCUUAAAGAAAGAGCAGAACAUUAUUUAAAGAUGUGUGAAAGGGUAACAAAUCAAGCAGAAGAAGCAAUGAGAUCAUUGAGAAAGAGAGAACUAAAGGAACCUCUAUUUGAGAGAUUCUCCAAAGAACAUGAAAAAAUAUUAGAAGCAACAACAUGGAGGCUUCGAGUGACAAGAAAAGGCUUCAUUAAUGGACAGGUUGCAGAAUUGCUGCAAAAAUGGGGAAGAGGUGCUUCAGAAAAGUGGAAAGAAAAUAAGGAUAAGGUGACAAAUCUAAAUAUAUUUAAUCCUUACUCCAAUGGAAAACACCCCAAGGUAAAUCUCUACAAUAUUGCUUAUGGAAAAUCUGAUGAGCUUGACAUGAAUCAGUUUCUGGAUAAUACAAGAAAAGUAAUGAUCCAGUACAAGGAGGACACAAUAAAGUUGCUCAAAAGAACACUAGAAUAUACUGAAAUUGAUAAAUCAGAUAUGGAAGCAUUGGUUAUGAAAGCAGCUGAUCUUGAAUUAGAUGAAGCUAUUGUCUGGUACAUGGGAAAGAAAAAAAUGCUAUUUGACAAACAAAGGUUAAUACAACUUUUUGAGAAAAGCCUGGUUGAUUGUCUGAAAUAUAAUCUCCUAGAAAACGCUUUUCUUGAAAUCACUAUUGAAGAUGCUAAAGAAAUGGUGACAAAACAAAUAGCAGCAGAUGUUGAAAAGGCUGGAAAAUAUUUUGAAGAAAACAUUGAAAAAAAACUUCAUCAUCAAAGAUGGAAUAUCUUUCAUAGAAGAGUUAAUCCAAAAUCAAAUAAUAAAACACCAAGGCUACUGCAGACCACAAUGUCAGUUCUGAAACCGAUGGCAGGGACCCUCACUAAAGAAAAAGAAGAAAUAUUAAAAGUAAUCAAAGAGCUGGAUAAAAUGAUAAAAAUGGCUGAUGUAGCUUUAAAUGGAACAAAGAAGACUGAAGACAAAUUCAACUCAACUAUAAUGAGAUAAUCAAUUUAGCUGGAUAUUUUACUUUAUUUUAACUGUUUUUUUUAUCAAGUCUGUUUGAAAUGAAAUGUGAUUACCAUUUAUAAAUAUAUAUUCCCUUUUUUGUUUUGUCAUUAUACUUAAUGUGAAUUUUAAACCAUUAUAAUUAUCUAAGUAAUAAUUAAGUACGCCGUCCGAUAAUAUG